AUGACGAGCUUCUUUGGGCUUUCCACAGGGCUGCAGCUGCAGCCGCAGCAGCAGCAGCAGCAGCAGCAAACCGCAGCAGCAGCGCCCCAAGACCUGCCAAUUCAUUCAAGGAAUUAUCUCGCGUCGCUGCAGUCGCGGCUGCAGCGGGUUGAGCAGCUGCUGCAGGACGAAACCCCAGCAGCACUAGGGUUUUCGUACGACUUGGACAGCAGCAGCAGCAGCAGCAGCAGCAGCACGGGCCUCACCCGCGCGCAGCAGCAAAACCUCCAGCUCGAGCAGAAAGUGCAGCAGCUCGCAGCAGCAACCCCGCAGCAGGGCCAAGAGUUGCUUUCAAGGUGGCAGCGCGCAGCUCACAGAAACCCUGACAGACAAGCAGGGGUUGUGGUGCCUGUGGUGGGGCUGCAGGGCCUUGCUGCGCGCAUUUCGGGUGCAGCAGAAAUGACAGAAGCCAUACUGCAGGCAGCAGCAGCAACAGCAAGAGACACGGAGGCCCUUGCUGCUAAGCACAACCAAAUGAAUGCAGCGCUGGGGCGAAUUAAGAAGAGACAUGCAGUGCUCGGCCACAGCCUCAUAAGAGCUGUAGGGCUUGUUGAAGGGUUGGCUGUCAGCCGCGGCGUCUGUGAAAGGAAUCCACGGUGUGAAGCAGCAAACGAGCAGCUGCUAGCUCAAAUCCAGGAGGAGUUUCAGUGGGCGGACUGGCAGCAGCGGAUUGACGGGCUGCGCGUGUGGCUGUCGAGCCUGCAGCAGCAGAAGCCGGAGGCCUGCAGCAGCAGCAGCAGCAGCAGCAGCGAGGAGCAGCAGCCCGCGGUGGCCCCCGCGCUGCUGCGGCUGCUGACUGUCCAGGCAGAGACAGUGCAGCAGCUGCUGCAAUCUCUUGCCAACACAGAAGCAGCAGUUUCGCGUCUCCAGGCUUCUGCCCUCGCAGCACGUUCCCGCGCAAAGUGA